AUGUCCACCGAAAAGCCUCUUCCCUUCGUUUACCAAUUCGCAGCUGGUGCAAUUGCAGGUGUAUCGGAAAUUCUUAUUAUGUACCCGUUAGAUGUCGUGAAGACUCGAGUACAACUGCAAACCAGCUCGGCGGGACCAGAUGGCUACAAUGGCAUGGUCGAUUGCUUCCGAAAGAUCAUCAAGAACGAAGGUUUCUCACGGUUAUACCGCGGAAUCAACGCCCCAAUCCUGAUGGAAGCCCCAAAACGUGCCACUAAAUUUGCGGCCAACGAAUCAUGGGGAAAGUUCUACCGCGAUAUAUUCGGCGUCGCUAAAAUGAACCAAUCCCUCUCCAUCCUAACUGGAGCUACCGCCGGUGCAACCGAAUCCUUCGUAGUCGUCCCCUUCGAACUUGUCAAGAUCCGUCUACAAGAUCGCGCCUCUGCUGGAAAAUACUCAGGCAUGAUCGAUUGCGUGAGCAAGAUUGUGAAGGCCGAGGGACCAUUGGCUCUUUACAAUGGACUAGAAAGUACACUGUGGAGACACAUCUUAUGGAACGCCGGAUACUUUGGAUGUAUUUUUCAAGUCAAGGCAUUAAUGCCCCAACCCGAGAAUAAGAAGCAGGAAAUGUUAAUCAACAUGAUAUCCGGAGCAAUCGGUGGAACCACCGGUACAAUCGUCAACACCCCCAUGGAUGUCGUCAAAUCGCGUAUCCAAAAUAGUCCCAAGGUCGCCGGCCUAGCACCAAAAUACAACUGGGCAUGGCCAGCCCUCGGAACCGUCAUGAAGGAAGAAGGUUUCGCAGCACUAUACAAAGGAUUCCUACCCAAGGUCCUCAGAUUAGGACCCGGUGGUGGUAUUUUACUCGUCGUAUUCACCUCAGUAACUGAUUUCUUCCGAAAGGCACGUGCAGAGAAAGGACUAUAG